AUGUCUUCGCAAGAUCGGUUUCUUGUCUGGGGUGCGCAGGGCUGGAUUGGUGGUAUGCUGAUUGAGCUGCUCAAACAGCAAGGCAAAGAUGUCCAUGGGACGACCACCCGCAUGCACGAGCAAGAGGCCGUUCGUCGUACUCUCGACGAGAUUCGGCCAACCCAUGUCAUCAACUGUGCGGGCAAGACUGGCACUCCGAAUGUCGAUUGGUGCGAGAGCCACAAGCUUGAGACCAUGGAAAGCAAUGGAUUGGGAGCCUUCAUGGUGACCUAUGAGUGUCAGAAGAGGAACAUCCACUGCACUGUGCUGGCCACGGGUUGCAUCUACACCUCCGAGUACACGCCAGACAACUCCACUGUCACGUCCCAACCCUUCACCGAGGCCGAUCCACCCAACUUUACAGGCUCCUUCUACAGCAAGACCAAAGCGCCCAUCGAGACGUUCCUCGCUCACUACCCCAACAAUUUGACACUCCGCCUCCGCAUGCCUGUCUCUGCAGACCUGAAUCGCCGCUCCUUUGUCACCAAGAUUCUGAACUACAAGAACAUCGUCAAUAUCCCCAACUCACACUCCAUCCUGCCCAACCUCCUUCCAGUCGUCAUCGCCAUGUCCGAGCACCGCGAGACUGGAGUCUACAACUUCACAAAUCCUGGCUCGAUCUCGCACAACGAAGUUCUAGAGCUCUACAAAGAGAUCGUCGACUCCAGUAUCACGUGGCAGAACUUCUCGUUGGAAGAACAAGGAGAAGUGAUUGUGGCAGAAAGGAGUAAUUGUGCACUGGACGCGAGCAAGUUGGUGGAGAAGGUGAGAGAGUACAGAGAAAAUGAGGGCAGAAAGGAGCUUGAUGUUCCGGAGAUUAGGGUGGCGUACCGGAGGUGCUUUGAGGAGAUUGCGAAGAAGAUGGGUGGUGAGGGCGUACAGCAGAAGGGUGGAGCGAUGGGCAUGGCCUGA